AGUAAGAAAUACGAGUUUGUAAUGUAUUGAAAUUGAGAAUGUUGUAAUUAUUUUUGUUUCACCGCAGAUGCACUAUGCUCUUGACCAAUUAGCAUCCAAUUCAUCAGAUGAGCAAGAAAUCAUUGAACAAGAUAUUACACAGCCGGAUUGAAGCUAUGCAUAUUCAGUUUGCUGAGAAAGAUCGUGGUUCUGCACUUGCAGAGCUAGUGACAGUUUCAGGCAUUGGAAAUAAUUGGUGCGAAGGUUUCUCUACGUAUCCAAGAACAUAUGCCCUUAUUCAUGCUAAUGGUGUCUUUAGCUUGUAUCAAGAUAAGUACUUCUCUUAUCCAUAUUUUUCCAGUCUGCCAUGUUUCAUUAUGAAUCAAAGUUGUCAUUCAGCAUAUAAAUCAAUACACACAUCCACUGUAGCCAUGCUGCAUCAUUUAAGCCUUUUAAAAUUAAGAAAUAAUAAAUGGUAGUUUUUAUGAAGUGAAGAGUUAUAUUUCAAUGGCAUUAUGUGGAAUAGGGAAGUCUUUGUAUGCUGAAUGCGUUCUUGGGAUGCCAUUAUCUAUAGUUUCUAAUCAAUUGUAUGGUAUGUGUAAAUGAUUAUAUAGGUGAUAGGUAAAUCUUGUGACACCUUUUCUUUCUUUGUUCACUUCACUUUAUAGCCUAUUUUUUUCCCUCCUGCGUUGGAUCUUUUUUUUUUAAAUCACAUGAUCUCAAAUUUCAAUUUCUUUUAACAUUUAUUGGAAGAAUAAUGUGGUCUCAUUUGAUUGUUUCUCCUACCUGGUUCUUGCUUCUACUCGUAUUUCUUUUUGGAUGAAUAAAUUUAUUUAUUUAAUCCUCAUCAUCCUGUACAAUAUCAUGCUUGCAAGUUUUUGCUUUCCUCCUUAUUGCAGAUUCACCAUCCUGUUAUCCCUCUGUUGUUCUCCUUGAUGUGGAUAUUUCUUGUGAAGAAGUACUUACAUUUUGCUGUUUAUUCAUGCUUACAGGAUAGGAUCAAAUGGUUUGGAGAACUCGUAAGCACUCCUCUGUCACUCCUAAACCAGAAGUUUAAAUUAUUUUCAUAGCCUACUUUGAUUGCUGUUAUUUGUGGGAAAAUUAGUCUACAUUCUUUAAGCUGAUCUUAAACUGCUUCCUACAUUGUUUCAGCAUUGGGAAGAAAGUUUG